AUGGGAGCAUGGUUCGAAGGUUGGGGCAUGGCGCCGUCAUGGCUCGACUACACACUGGGCGUUGCGGGGAUUAUCUCGAUAUUUGUCGGACUACUGGUUGCCUUUGUGGUGCACAACCAUCCUGUGCUCUCGCGGAUCAAGACGUUACGGAUGAUCAAGUACAUGGCUAUCUGCAACGUGUUUUCCACUGUCCAGUUUCCGCUCGUCAUGUCGACGCUGGUAACAAGCUCAGUGGCCUGCCACCUCGAGGCUGUUCAGACGCAGUUUUUUCUCACGGCAUGGAUCGGGAUCCACACUACCAUCGGGCUGGACGUUUUUCACCAGAUCCGGUCUGCUUCGAUUCGAUUCUUCUUCUUCAAAGAGUGGAUGACGGUGGUCGGCAUCCUCACCUGUGCCUUUCUCUCCACUGUCUGGAUGGUGCUGCCGUGCGGCGACUCGGUCGGCCCGAUCCACGCCCAGUCCCGGCUCUGUUGGAUCCAGCCGUCGUCGUGCCGGAUUGUGCUGUUUGACAUUCCCCUCUCUCUGGCGUACGUGUUUAACCUGUACGUCUUUGUUCUCGCCUUUCGCAUGCUCUCGACCAAGCAGCUGGGAUGGAACGCGGCGCUGCUCUCGUACGUGGUGUGGUACUGCGGCGGCUUUGCAGUCAUCUUUUCGCUCUUUAUCGGGCAGGAGAUCAGCCUGGCAGCGACCGGGUCAGUCCCGGCGUGGCUGGCGUUGUCGCAGGUGCUGGUGGUCGGCAUCCACGGCAUUGUCAACGGCACGGUCUUCUUUGUCCUCUGGUCAAACGUCAAGUCGAUUCUUGGCGGGCACCGAACGCUGCCAGCAUCGAUUAAGCUCGGUGAUCUGCGGCGGCUGCAAGAGUGGGAGGAGCUGAUGAAGCACCUGACUGGGCGGACCUCGUUCUCGCGCAACAUGAUGUACGCGACUUCAAGCUCGUCGACGCUUUUUGGAUCAACGGGUGGCGCGUUGCGGUCGACCGAGUCGAACGCGAGCAAGUUUUCUGUCCCGUUUGCACGGUUGUACGAGACCAAGACGCGGGCGCAUCGCGAGGCAGUUGAUCUUGUGGAGCGUGAGGGCCAGGACGACUGGCGUGAGUUCUUCUACUUUGAACAGCUCAAGGUGUCGGGCGCAGAGUCUGCGCCGCUCCUUGGCCCGCACCUACUCGACUACGCUGGCGACCUGGCGCUGAUCAGCUCUGUUGAACCUCGGUGCCGCGAGGUGAUGAACCCAUGGCGGUCGCCGCUGCGGUCGACUUACAACUUUCGGCUUGUGGGGGACAAGCUGUACUACUUUCUGACGAGCAGCGACUCGCCGGUGUGCUCUGAUCAUACACUGGAUACACCUGUGGGCUCGGAGUCGCGCGGAGCGGCGGCGGCGAUUCUUGCGGCGCGGGCGCAGCUGGCGUCGCCUCAGCGGCGCGAGCCGUCGCUAUUCCGGGCCAACGGGCCUGCGGCGAAGCGGACGACCUCGUUUGGGUUUGGCAUCUCGUCGUCGGGCGCAUCCGACACUGACGACGUGGCGUACGCUGGCUCGAUUCCGCUCGAGUACCUGGUCGAGGUCGAGCCCGUCGAGUACUGCGAGCUGCCGAGCUACAUGACGCCGUCGACUGUGUCGACGCCGCAGUUCCCGUUUGUUGUGACGGUGUUGGAAGACAAGUCACUGGAGAGCAGCGCAGCGGUGACGAUGGACUCGCCGGAGCAGUUGGUCUCGAUGACCGAGACGCAGCUGACGGUGCACGAAGCCGAGGAUCCGCUGUUUGUCAAGCAGAGCUGGGUACUCGAAGCCGGGAGCGCACGCGAGCGUGAGGUGUGGAUGGCACGGAUCCGCGAGCACCGCCCCGGCGGAGUGGCGCAUGUGGAAGAAAUCGACGCGUCAGGCCAGCCGCACCUGCGGCUUGGCACCUCCUCGCUCUACAUCUCGCGCACCAUCCUCAAGUCGCCGAGCUGGCUGGCGGACGCGGAGCGCGAGCUCGAUGCGCUCUUUGCGCGGCUGGAGAACGAGGCGACGACGUUUGUCAACGACCUAUUCGGCUUGUUCAUGGUGUACAACAUGGGGUACAUGGUGGAAGAGAACAUUUGGUUCCUGGCCACGUCUGCGCUGGACGAGUUGAAUCUACUGGGCGCUGUGGAGGACUUUGCCUUUCAUCCGGUCAAUGGAUGGGGCGAGUCAGGCUACGGGCUCUCGACCAAUGUCAAGCUCGAGCGGGUCGAGCCUGUGCUUGCGCAGCUCGCGCGUGACGUUCACUUUCUAGCCGGGCUUGGGUGGCAGGACUACGACCUGUCGAUUGUGGCCAUUUCGGUGCCCAACUGGGGUGCUGUCGAUGCCGAGACUCGCGCGGCGCUAGAGGAUCGGCUGGCUGCGGCGCGUUUUGUGGGCUCGCCCUCGACAGGUGUCUUCUACGGGCUGCGGAUUGUCAACUACCUGCCGGACUGCUCAGCCGGCGAGGGCUCGUGGCUGUGGCGGGCGUCUGCACGAUGCGGGCGGGCGCUUGGCGGGCUGGACGACCGCGAAUCGGCGCUUGUGGCGGCGACAGGCUACGCGCGGACGUUUAUGGACGCGGUGACGCGGCAUGUGUUCUCGUCUGAGGCGGCGUACGAGUGGUCGCGGGCGCAGGACCUCUUUGUCUCGUCGCACCACUCCUCGGUGCUGCUGGUGUGGUCGAUGUCUGGCGAGCAGUCACUGGCAUGCUGCUGGCGGCGAUCGCGGCGGGCAGUGGACGAGUCAACGGCAUCUUCGGAGCGGACGUUUGACGAGCACUCACCGCUGCUGGGCGGCUCAAUCAACGGUGUGAGCGGCGGAGCGCGGCUGCGGGCGCAGACAGACGACAGUGAGCGCGCAGGUACGUUACCAGCGAUGGGCGCGUAUGCGUGGGAGUCGUUGGAGGAGAUUGUGGAUGCUGUGAUGGUGCGGUCGAUUGAUGUUUGGUGUCUGGCCGAGGCGUGGCUCCCGUCAGUGACGCUGGUGGUUGUGGCGUGCUGCACGCUUGCGUUUGGCACGGCGUCGAUGUACGCGGCGGCGUUUUUUUCAGAGCACAUGGAGAAGCUGUUUGGCAUUACGGCCAACGACGCGUACUGGGUCAAGAUGGCGAGGCUGUCGGGGCGGUGGCUCGGGCUUGUUGCCGGUUAUGCUGUGGAGCGGUUCGGGCCGCGGCGAGCGGUGCUUGUCUCGGGAGUGGCGGUCUGGCUCGGGUACAUGGGCAUGUGGGUCAUGUCGUUUUCCAAGGUCACUGCGGUCGUAGCGCCGCUGUGCAUGUGCAUUCUUGCGGUGGAGCUCGGCUCAUAUGCCAUCCAGCUCUCUGCGCUGUGGACUGUCCUUGUUCUACUCCAGUUCUCGUGGGCAUCGUCCGUGGUCGGUUUUGUGCAGGGUGUGCCGGCGCUCGGCGGGGCCUUGCAGGGCCUUGCGCUUUUGAGCAUUGACGUCAGCGUCCAUGCGAUGUUCUUUUGGCUGGCCAUGCUCCUCCUCGUCAUUUCGUGGGUUGGCGUCCUCCUUCCGAUGCAGUUUAACCCUGUGAUGCAGAUGGAGGCGCGGCUGGCGCGGGUCCGCGGCGUGUCUGCCAUGUCGCGGCGGAUUUCGGCGUCGUCGCUCUCGCUGGUUCGCGACCGGUCGUACUCGGUCGGGCUCGCGCCAAACCGCGCAGCUGCCGACUACGUGCUGGGUGCCACGCUCGGGGCUGGUCACGGGGUUGGCGGAGUGGCGCAUGAGGCCGCGGUGGGCACGAUGGCGCUACCGACGUCUGCACGGUUCACAUCGCCGUCAUGGUUCAAGUUUUCGUCGUCGCCGGUCCUUGCUGUCCGCGAUCUUGUGGCGUCGAGUGAGUUCCAGUCGCUGUUCCUGGUUGCCGCCCUCUGCCAGGGCUUUACCGCCGCGGUUGUGUCGUACAUUGGCGAUAUCGAGCGGGCGGCGGGGCGCAAGGCGAACGUGUCGCUGGCGUACGCUCUGUUUGGGCUGGCGCGGUUUGUCGGCGCGUUGUUCGAGGGCAACCUGACGCAAGCGCUCCCGCACGUCCAUCACUCGUAUUCGGUCAUUGUAAUCUCGACGCUCAUGUCUGUGGCACACCUGCUGCUCUCGUACGCGCACCAGUGGCUGAUUGAGGCCGGGCUGGCCGGCACCGGGCUGCUGUACGGUGCGGUCGACGCGCUCAUGCCGCUUAUGAUCCGCGAUUGCUUCUCGGUCAACCACUUUCCAAUUGUGCUUGCCGGAGUCUCGCUCGGGCAAGCGAUUGGGGCCAGCGUUGCUGACGGCGUCAAAUGGAUUCACCUGCAGUCCGAGUCGUCGACGUGCACCGGCUCGCAAUGCUUCCGGCCGAUCAUUCUGGCGGCCUCGGUCUCGUGCCUUCUCUCUGUCGCGGUCGGUAUCGCGAUGUGGCGGCGACACCAGCAGUUCCGCACGCGGCGGCACCGGUCCGAGAGAGCUGCGCUGUACACGGCGGCGAUCUCGCUGUCGGGCGCGUCGGGGACGGCGGCUCGUUCUACGACGGUGCGUCGUCGGUCGGGCGGUCGCGAUUUGAGUCUGCGGCGUCGCUUGCCUCGGGUCUGAUGCAGGGCGGCGACUCGUUCUUUGGCUCACCGUCGAUUCUGUUCAACGUCAACAUGGCUCGCGAGUUCGGCGGCGGCGGGAGCGGGAGCUCGCCGUCACACUACGACUUGUGAUGUUCAUUGGGCAGGCGGCACAGCGCGGCGAUGCGCGGCAGCCGGCGGCGACGCAGGCGCGGUGGCGACGUGGACUGUGGCGAGGGCCACCAGGCUGCAAAACCAGUGCGUGAUGUAGUUGGUGCCAAGUGGGGUGCGGGCGACCAUGGCCUGGCCAGCCAGAGAAAGCCAGACUGCGGCGGGCCAUGCCGGUCGCGUGUGCCAGGUAAGCAGGACGAUGCAGGCGCUGAGGAUGCGUUCAGCUCCAUUGAGAGGAACAAUAAAGCCGGUGACUGAAGCGGCAAGGAGUGAGAGGAGGCAAGCCGAGACCACGGUGGUGCAGAGCCGCGGCGC